CGGGGGGCGGCGGCGGGCGGGGAAGAGGGCCGCGGGAGCCCCCUCCGGCGGGGCACGUCCGCGUCCAGUGGUACCCCGAGGGCGUCAAGCAGCACGUCAAGGAGACCAAGCUGAAACUUGAAGAUCGGUCAGUGGUGCCUCGUGACGUGGUCAGGCAUAUGGGCUCGCGAGACAGUCAAUGUGGCACUGUUAUUGAUGUGAACAUAGAAUGUGCAGUAAAACUGGUGGGGACCAACUGUAUCCUUUAUCCUGUUAACAGCAAAGAUCUUCAGAAUAUCUGGCCAUUCAUGUAUGGUGACUGCAUAGCCUAUGACUGGUGGCUAGGAAAAGUGUACGACCUAAAAAAUCAAAUCAUUCUGAAGCUCUCCAAUGGUGCCAGGUGUUCCAUGACCACAGAGGAUGCAGCAAAACUCUAUGAUGUCUGCCCACAUGUCAGUGACUCAGGUCUCUUCUUUGAUGACUCAUAUGGCUUUUAUCCUGGGCAAGUUCUCAUUGGGCCUUCAAAAGUCUUCUCGAAUGUGCAGUGGCUUUCAGGCGUGAAGCCUGUUCUCAGCACAAAGAGCAAGUUCAGAGUGGUAGUAGAAGAGGUACAGGUGGUAGAACUGAAAGUUACUUGGAUCACUAAAAGCUUCUGUCCUGGAGGUACAGAUAGCAUAAGUCCACCACCAUCUUUAAUAACCCAGGAGAAUUUAUCUCGUGUAAAGCGUCUGGGGUGCUUUGAUCAUGCUGAGAGGCAACUUGGAGAAAGGUGUCUUUAUGUAUUUCCUAAGAAAGUGGAGCCUGCAAGAAUUACAUGUGAGUGCCCAGAAAAAAACUGUGUUCUGGGAGAAGGAACUAUUGGCAAGAAGGUGGCCUGUCCUUGUUUCGUAUCCAACAUAAAGCCUGAGAAGGGAGAAGAAGAAGAGCUGUUUAUCGGCAACUAUUUUGACUGGGUAAGGAGAUUGUUGAAGAAGCAGAUAGUAAAGAUCAUGUCAUGUUCCACGGAAUCUCAGAGUAUACCUAACCUACCUGAAGGAGACUCAGCAGCAGCAGGUGACCAACAAGCUGAAGACCUUAAAGCCAACUCAAAAGAUGAACUAGAGAUUUCCGCCAGUGAUGCUGCAAGUUUACAGGAGGUAAAGGAAGAGCACCUUAAUGAAAUGGAAAAAGGGGUGUCUUGUGAAGCAACUGGGCUGCCAUUGCACCCACCUUUUAUACUGAAAAGGGAUGAUGGCGUCUUGGACUACAAACUGCAGUCGGCAGAACAAGAUGCGGAUGACGAAGCAGCGGAUGACACUGAUGACACCAGUUCUGUAACAUCAUCUGCCAGCUCCACAGCCUCUUCUCAAAGUGGCAGUGGCACAGGGCGCAAAAAGAGUAUCCCACUGUCUAUCAAAAAUCUUAAGAGGAAACAUAAGAAAAAGAAAACCAAGGUUAGCCGGGUGUUUAAAUCAGGAGACAGAGUUGCUGUAGAAGUGGUGACCACAAUGACAUCAGCUGACGUAAUGUGGCAGGAUGGCACAGUGGAAAAAAACAUUCGCUCCAAUGAGCUGUUUCCUGUCCAUCACUUGGACAACAAUGAGUUUUGCCCUGGCGAUUUUGUGGUAGAUAAAAGAGCCCAGUGUUCUCAGGAUCCUGGUAUGUAUGGAGUUGUACAGUCAGGUGACCACAUUGGUCGUACCUGUGUGGUGAAAUGGUUUAAGCUGAAGCCCAGUGGAGAUGAUGUUGAGCUUGUUGGAGAGGAGGAUGAUGUGAGUGUGUAUGAUAUUGCCGAUCACCCAGAUUUCCGCUUCCGCACUACUGAUUUUGUAAUCCGCAUUGGCAAUGCUGAGGAUGGUACUUCAGUUGGUGAGAAUGAGCCCUCUGUGGGACAGGUGGCUCGUGUGGAUUUCAGCAGCAAAGUAGAGGUUGUGUGGGCUGAUAACUCCAGGACAAUUGUUUUGCCGCAGCACUUGUACAACAUAGAAUCUGAGAUAGAUGAAGAGACAGACCUUGAUUCCAUUGAUGGCAGCACUAGUGGUGCUUCCUCAGAUGAAUGGGAGGAUGAGAGUGAUAGCUGGGAGACAGACAAUGGCCUCAUGGAAGAUGACCAUGCAAAGACUGAGGACGUAGAGCCUGUGGAACCCCUUGUGGAAGAGGUAAAAAAGGUGGAAGAACAGGUACAAGGGGCUGUUGCAAUGGCAGUGGCUGAUCUAACAACGGAUAAGUCCAGCAAGGAAGGUACCCCAAAGGGCUUCCGAGAGUUGAAGGAGGCCAUCAAGAUUUUGGAGAGCCUGAAGAAUAUGACAGUGGAACAACUGCUGACAGGAUACCCCACUUCUCCAACAGUCGAACCAGAAAAGCCCACCCGGGAAAAGAAGUUCCUGGAUGAUAUCAAAAAGCUUCAGGAAAAUCUAAAGAAGACUCUGGACAAUGUAGCUAUUGUGGAAGAAGAAAAGAUGGAGGCCAUGGCAGAGGCAGAGAAAAAGGAGGAAAGAGAAGCACAGACACAGACCCCUGUGUCGUCGGAAUGGCCCAGUGAGACACCAGUGCUUUGUCAACAGAGUGGAGGCAAGCCUGGAGUUACAUUCACCAGUGCCAAGGGGGAGGUUUUCUCUGUGCUGGAAUUUGCCCCAGAUAGCCAUGCCUUUAAGAAAAUGGAAUUCCAACCUCCUGAAGCUAAGAAAUUUUUCAGCACAGUGAGGAAAGAAAUGGCACUUUUAGCAACCUCAUUGCCAGAUGGCAUCAUGGUCAAAACCUUUGAGGACAGAAUGGACCUCUUUUCAGCACUUGUCAAAGGACCCACACGCACGCCGUAUGAAGAUGGUCUCUUCUUAUUUGACAUCCAGCUGCCCAAUAUAUACCCAGCUGUCCCCCCACUCUUUCGUUACCUUUCCCAGUGCAGUGGGCGCUUGAACCCCAACUUGUAUGACAAUGGAAAGGUCUGUGUAAGUCUUCUGGGGACAUGGAUAGGCAAGGGCACAGAGAGGUGGACCAGUAAAUCCAGCCUUCUCCAGGUGCUCAUCUCAAUCCAAGGACUUAUCCUUGUCAACGAACCUUAUUACAAUGAGGCUGGUUUCGACAGUGACCGGGGCUUGCAAGAGGGGUAUGAGAACAGCCGAUGCUACAAUGAAAUGGCUUUGAUCCGAGUGGUGCAGUCAAUGAUGCAGCUGUUACGCAAGCCAGUAGAAGUCUUUGAGCAGGAGAUCUUUGAGCAUUUCUGCUGCAAUGGCUGGCGCUUGGUCCACCGUAUUGAGUCCUGGGUGGAAACAAAUGAGCUGGUGGAAAGGAGUCAUGAUCACACCGUCCUAGGAGAAUCUUCCUUUGUACCUCCAGCAUCUGGCAUUCUGGCUGAGAGCCCUGUAGAAAGUAUGGGGCCAUUGGGAGAGCAAGAGUUAGGAGCUGCCGCAGCAGCAGCCACUAGUCAGUUCUCUGAUGGCAAGGAGGAACUGGAAGACUCUGGGUGUGGAAUGUCAACACUGGCGGCCAGUGAUGUACAUCAGUAUUCAGACUUUGAGAGCCUGGGCCAAGCCAGAGCAGCGCACUUCACCAGAGACCUAAUGGAUGAGGGUAAAGCUAUUCAAGACUCUGCCACUCAGCCUAGUGUGAAACCAAAGAAAAGGAGAAAGAGCUAUAGGAGCUUUCUACCUGAGAGGAGUGGCUACCCUGACAUUGGGUUUCCCCUCUUCCCCUUGUCCAAGGGGUUCAUUAAGAGCAUCCGUGGUGUCUUGCAGCAGUACCGGGCUGCCUUAAUAGAGGCCAACAUCCCAGAGUGGACAGAAGACAAGUAAAACAUCAGGUUAGGGACAGACAGACGCACAGAAAAGAAGGGGAAGCAGGGAGGAUGGAGCUAGCAAACAUUGUUAACAAUAAAUAGACUGACUCACUGCACCCAUUCCUCCUUGGCCUGGUUUGUUAUAGAGAAAGCAGAAGCUCCCAUAAGUCAUUUUUAGGCUGGCACUCCCCAUCACCCCCAUUCCAGAUGCCCAGGAUGAUUGAGCAACAAUGUAGAAACCCACCCGACAACCCACCCAGAUGUACAUCUUGUUCCCCUUUUGAACAUGAGGGUUCAAAGUGGUAGGACGUGUAGCUUUUCCAUUUGGAGCUCAUAGCUGGAAGUGGAUCAUCUCAAGUACUGUAUGAAGUGACUCCCUCUUUCCUAUUCAAUCCUCUUGGAUGCUGUGGAUGAUGGUGAUUGCAGUGAUGAUGGGGAAUGCUGGAAGAUCUCAAGCUUAUAUCAAGCGAGGAAGACACAAUGUUGUACUUUUUCUCUGCCUUCUGACCUGACUUCACAAGCCUGUUAGUAAGCAAUGAAUAGCCCACAUUUCAGCUCUUUGUUUUUUUGGUGGGGGUGGUGGUUGGCAUGCCACAUCUAUGUGAGCUCAGGGGAUAAAUUUUCCAGAAACCCUCAGUUUAGUGUAGCUUGCACUUACCAGAACCACAAAGAGAAGGAUAUGAUAUUUGUGUUUUUUUGGUGGUCAAAUCCUUCAAUAGGCAGAAAGUAGUGAGUAAGGUGCACUAGAUGUGGUCAGCACUCAGAAUCUUCUCUUUGGCUUGUGAAGAUCACCUGUCAUCUGUCUUGAGUAUACAGUUUAUUCUGAAGAGCGUAUCUCUUUCCACUUUGCCUUGACGGGGAAUAGUGCAUAUAGCAUUGCUCACUACUCUCCUGAACACAUGAACACUCUGCUACCAACUCAACUGUCUACACCAGGGUACCUCAGGAAGACACACAAAAUAAUUGCAUGAUGCAACUCAAGGUGUUCUUUUUUCUUUUUCUUUACAAUUUCAGCUUUCACUAGUGUGCUCACAAAGUGGCAGCUCUGUCUGGCUGUCUCUCUGCAGACUUGUAUGAACUUUACAGCAGCAAGCCUACACUUUGGUAGUCAGUGAGCCUCUCUAACACCACAUCCUUCAGUCAGUCAGUUACAGCCUUUAUUGUGAGCCACAUGUACUUUCCCAUCUCUUGCUCCUUGACUGUGUAACUUCCCCCAGCUGGUUGUAUGUGACAUGGCAGAGGGCCCGGCUAUGUUCUUCAGAUGAGUCAAAGCUGGCGGUGUGUUCAGUUCUUGUAUCCUGAACAGAAGCACCAUCUGCUCUUCAUCCACUAUCCCCCACCCUUCCAUCUUUGCAUGACAUCACAGUUAGCUACCCUGGUACUCUCCCAUUCUCUGACAAUGACCUAGUAGCCCUCUGACAUCCUUCUAAUAGAACUGUCUAGUAGGAGAAGUGGAGGAUGAAGACAUGAGUCUUGUGUUUACUUGGAUAUUAGUUAGCAAGUUUGUCUUAGUAGUGCGGGUGAUGACUAGUAUUAGUUAUCUAGUUGGGAAGUUACGGUAUGCAAGCUGUUGUGGCCAAGCCAAUCAUGAAUCAGAACAGAGGCCAGACUAAGUUUGAUUUUUAAAAAGUGGCAGAAGAAUCAGGUUGAUAGUCAUCCUAUGAGAGAAGGGGCAAGAAAGGAAUUUGGCAGGAGGACUCUGUGGCCUCCAUUCCCAGACAACACCAUUUAUUGUGUUAAAGGGCAGACAGCCAGGAGAGCUGAGUCUUAGCCCCUGGGUAUCCCUGCAUUCCUCAUGGAGAUGAGACCAUGGAUUCUUAUCCCACCCAGAGGGAGGAACCAAUCAGCCUCAUAUUACAUAAUACUAACACAUUAAAAAAAAACAACAACCAAGCUUUCCCAAACCACCAGUCACAUAGCCACCCAUCUAGUGAUGACUACCUAGUGCUAUUAACAGGAAGGAGCAGAACUAUAGGAGGAUCAUGCUUUCUCAAGUGCAACUUGAGAGCUUUGUCUGACUUCCUGGAAGGGUGUAUCAUGUCAUGGGAAGAUCUUGCUUUCUCCUUGCCCUCUUAGGGACCUACCUUUUGCAUCAAUCAAGCACUGUCCCUAUAUCUUUGCUGUCAGCCACUACCAGAGGUAUGCACAGAAGUUUACAUUUUUCCUUGAUAAGCUUUUGGAUAAUGUGAAGCUCUAGUUAUGCAGUUGCUGGUGAGCACACUGCAACUAUGUAACUUUUUUGGUGUAUGUAUGUAAUAAAGAGUGAAGAGAAUUUAAAAAAAAAAUGCUUAAACACACACCGAAAAGCCAAAGCAUGAGGCAUAUUGUUAGUCUUGAGAUGGGCUACAUGAUUGUGAUGUAUAAAUUAAAAUCUCUAUUGUUAAGUGCUGGGGUGGGAUGGGGAAAGAAAUUAUUACAAAAAUAAAUUUCUAGCCUUGAUUCUGUACAGUAUUUAAAUCUGAUGGAGCUGUCAUACUGGAGCAAUGCUUAGAGGUGUGUUACUUUUGCAGCUGUGAAUGCUUGGUUGCUUACAAUAUAUGUAUAAAAGUACUGUGUGAUUCAUCUUUUUUUACUUGCAAAUUUUGUUUGCCUAAUUAAGAUGUAGUAAUAAAGGAGAGAAAGUGGCUUGCCAUUAUGUUUUGCUGCUGUCAAUAGA